AUAAAAUUCCAAAAAGAAGAAGAUUCCCCACUGUUGCACAACAUGCGUCUGUCCCACGUUGACAUUGGGAUAGUAACCUGACCGAAGAACACCUCUCAGCUGACGUCUCUAACAGACAGACAGGAUGGGAGCCUCCUUGUCCACACCUACUGCUCCUACAGUUAACGCAGAGGCCAUGAUGGCCGCCCCUCCUCAGGGCUGCCCCAUGCACCAAGAAGCCCAGGCCGUCAAAGCGUCUCCACCUUCAGAGUGUCCCAUGCAUCAGGCUCAGCCUGUAAAAGCGUCUCCUCCAUCAGAGUGUCCCAUGCACCAAGCAGAGGCAGGUCCAGCUCACCAGGAACGGGCCUAUGAGUUCGUGGAGUGUCCCAUGAAAGCUGCAGCCGGCAUGAAUAGUGACAUCGACCCAGCAAAUAUGAUGCCUCCUCCUAAUCAAAUUCCAGCUCCAGACCAGCCCUUUGAGCUGUCCAUCUCCAGAGAGGAGUCCACCAUUCCUCGUCACAACACAGAGAAGAAAUGGGUUUACCCGUCUGAGCAGAUGUUCUGGAACGCCAUGCUGCGGAAAGGGUGGCGCUGGCGUGAUGAUGACCUUGCACCUAAAGAUAUGACCAACAUUAUUAAAAUCCACAACACGAACAACGAGCAGGCCUGGCAGGAGAUCCUGAAAUGGGAGGCCCUGCAUGCACGUGAAUGUCCAUGUGGGCCCACCUUGAAGAGGUUUGGUGGUAAAGCCAAAGAGUACUCGCCGAGGGCUCGCGUCCGCCACUGGAUGGGCUACGAGCUGCCUUUUGACCGCCACGACUGGAUUGUUGACCGCUGUGGGAAGGAGGUCCGCUACGUCAUCGAUUACUAUGACGGUGAAAUCAACAAAGACACCUACCAGUUCUCGAUCCUGGAUGUACGCCCCGCGUACGACUCUUUAGAGGCUGUCUGGGACCGCAUGAAGGUUGCCUGGUGGCGCUGGACCUCCUAAAGGACUCGGACACAUACCCAGGUGACUGUGUGAAUACAGUCCCACGCAUACAAGGACUGUGAAACUGGCGUUCCCUGUUUCAGCUCUUUCCAAGAUGUGUGCUGCUGUGAAAAGAAACCAUAAACUCACGAAGAAAAAGAAAUUGACUUAGACUGUGUUAGUUACAGCAGUACCUCACUCAGUUACGCUGUAUGAAGCUUCAUAUGCUAAUCAAAUUGGUUUCAGUGGAAAAUAUCAUUUUUGGGUUUGCGUUGAAAUUCACAGGUGUUCACCGCAUGUUUGUCACACGUGGCUCAUACUGUCUCUGGGAAUCUGUUCAGCUGUAUUAACUCUGUUCCCACUUAAAAAUAUAAAGAAGAGCUUACUUAAAGGAACACUCCAUCAAUUUUACAUUUACAAUUUACAAUUAAGUUCAUCGUGAGGAAUACUACUCAACUUGAAAAAAACGGUUGUAUGUUUUCUUUGGUCAAGUCUGAGAAGCCAGAAGUUGUGUUUUUAAAAUGCACGGUCAUUCACCAGGCAGGGAGGGUUGAAAGAAAGAUGCUUUUGUGUUGCAUUAAGGGAAAUGUAGAAUCCAGCAUUGUUGGCUCUUAUACUAGAAAUGUCAAGAUACCUCAACCACGUUACAUUUAAGGAAAUGGAAACUAAAUGGCUAGAGUACAUGAUUUGUCCACAUAUCUCAACUGUUUUUUUAAUCUGCUGAGACUUAAUGAUGUUUCAGUACACCAAUGUUGCUUCUGCUCAUCUCAUUUGGUCUUUGAAUCAAGUCAUCAUUCUUUGGAAACAAAGAUUUACCACAAACCCAAAUUCCAUGACGGAAACUUGUGGUUGUGAUGUGUAUCAUAACCACUAGGCCUACUUAGACACCUCAGUUUAAAUUUUUUUUCUGUGAGGUUCUUUUCUGUCAUAUUUUCCCUUUGAACUGCCAGCCUGGUAACUUUGGCUUACAUAUGUAUGCACAGCCGACACACUUUGUGUUCCAAAAAUGCUCCCAGUCUAUAACCUAUGAUGUUGGUAUGUAAGAUUAGUUGUGCUUAUAUUCAGGUUUUAAUUUAUUUGUUUAUGAAUGAAUGUAGACUUCUGUGUGCAGAAUCUUGAUGCUUUUGUUCCCAGAAAGUGUUCUUGUAUCUAAAAAUGAUUUUACUAGCUUUAGUGGUCAAUUAAAUUAUCAAUAAAGAUGGUCAUCUUUUGCAUCUGCA